GACAGCUAGUGUUGGCUCAACUCGACUGCACUCAUGGCUCUCCUCUCCUUCUCAGAAGUGGGUCUGGUGCUCCUGUUAGUGUUGGCUUUGGCGCUCAGUGCUGAGUCAGGACCGAGGAUGCCAAAGACCCUGAGGAGGAAGAAGAGGGAGUGGAUUCUUCCUCCUGCCAAGUUGAUGGAAAACACUGAUUACCGACACAAAGAAUUCAUUGCCAAGAUUCGCUCUGACAAAGACCUAGGUGACACAGUGGUGUAUUCUCUCACUGGAGAAGGAGCUGACAAGGAUCCCAUCAAUCUCUUUGUAGUGGACCGAAAGACGGGGUUUGUACGCAUCACUGAUAUCCUUGACCGGGAGGAACGGCAAUUCUACAAUCUAACAGGGGUCGCACAGUUCAACGACGGGCAGAAAGCAGAGGACGAUGUCCCACUUGCAAUCACAGUUCUGGACCAGAAUGACAACCCUCCUUAUUUUGAGCUGCAAAUGGGCAAUAUCACAGAGGAGAGCAAACCAGGAACCUUUGUUAUGCAGAUCGAGGGGAAAGAUAACGACCAAGCUGGAACAAUUAACAGUGAGCUCUCCUACAGGAUCCUGAGUCAGGAGCCAGCAGGCACCGGUCAGAUGUUCACUUUAGACAGAAAGACGGGCAAACUGUUUGUUAAAGAGGCAACGCUGGACAGAGAGACGCACGACUUCUUCAAACUGGUCAUAGAGGGUAUUGAUUUGGGAGGGGGACCAGGGGGCCUAGCAGGGACAGGAACAGUGGAGAUCAGAGUCCUGGACAUUAAUGACAACAUCCCCACCCUGGAAAAAUCUGAGUACAAUGGGGAAGUGGAGGAAAAUGUUGCUGAUGUAGUUGUGAUGAGAAUCAAAGCUCUGGAUAAAGACCUUCUAAACUCAGACAACUGGUUGACUGUCUUUGAAAUUGCCCAAGGAAAUGAGGAUAAUCUGUUCUCAAUUGAGACAGACCCGGUAACCAAUGAGGGCAUCCUGAAGCUGAUUAAGGCUGUGGAUUAUGAAGAUAUCCAGAAUCUUGAGCUUAGCCUGAGCAUUAAAAAUGAAGCUCCUUUUGUGGAUGGUGGUCCUAUAUCAAUGGAUAUGGACAUCCAAGUUGGAGAGGGUAAUCCUAUGGCUACUGGAGCUGGAGCUGGAGCUGGAGCUGGAGCUGGAGCUGGAGCUGGAGCUGGAGCUGGAGCUGGAGCUGGAGCUGGAGCUGGAGUUGGUGCUGGAGCUGGAGCUGGAGUUGGAGUUGGAGUUGGAGUAGAUGCAGGGGUAGACCUAGGGGUGGAUGUAGGUGUAGACCUGGGCGUAGAUGCUGGACUCAAGCCAAAUGUUGGGGUUGGGCCUGGAGUGGGAGUUGGAACAAAGCCAGGUGUCAAACCAGCAACAAAGCCUAAGCCAAGUGAGCCAGCAAAGAGCUAUCUCAUUAAGAUAGCAGUGAAAAAUGUUCCAGAGGGUCCAGCAUUCAUUCCCAACACCAAGAUUGUUCCUGUAUCAGAAGAUCCAAAGGAAGCACCUGAAGAUGGAGUGAUCACAGUGUUUGCUGCUGUCGAUCCAGACACAGGGCUACCAGCUGAAGACGUCAGUUAUGCCAAAGCCUUGGAUCCAGAAAACUGGUUUACCAUCGAUGAAAAAACAGCUGAGAUUAAACUCAACAAGGUACCAGACAGAGAGUCACCUUUUGUGGUGAAUGGUACCUACAUUGCCAAGAUUCUGGCCAUCACCAAUGACAUGCCAUCAAAAACAGCCACAGGAACAAUAGCCAUUCAAGUCGCUGACUCCAACGACCACUGUCCUACUCUGACCACCACCCACAGCUCCCUGUGCUCUGAUGUCAAAACGGUCUAUGUUACUGCAUUUGAUGAGGAUGCUCAUCCCAACGGAGCUCCAUUCACAUUCAGAGUCAUACCUGAUGGGACACGAGGCAGCUGGGAUGUAGAAGUCAUCAAUGAGACGAGUGCCGCGCUUCACUCUCGUGAAGAGCUCUGGCCUGGCUUAUAUGAGGUUCUGGUGGAGGUGUUGGAUGCUCAGGGUCUCUCUUGCCCAUCCAAUGACAUUUUUACCAUGGAUGUUUGUACCUGUGUGGAGACAAAUGACUGCAAAACAAAGGCAGCCAAAUUAGGAAGUAAUUUAACUGAGCUCUCCGCCCCAGCCAUCGGCCUCCUGAUAUCGGCAAUGUGCUUAUUGCUGUUUAUUCCUCUUCUCAUGCUGUUUUGUCAGUGUGGAACAGACAUUUUUCCUGACAGUUUUCGUGACAUGCCAUGGGGGACCAAAGAACAACUCAUAUCCUACCACACUGAGGGCAGAGGCGAGGAUAAGGAAGUUCCACUUAAUAGUAUACCUGUAUCUUUGGGUCGCAAAAAGACAUUUGGGGCGGCCCCAGGAUCAUACUCCAAAGGCACUACUACAAAUACUAAAGAAAAUAAACAGAAAAUUACAAUCCAUGAUGAGUUUUUGGAAAGGUUUCAGGGCACGAGGGAAAGUUGGAUGGAGGUCGACAACAAUGCUCACAGAUUAACAAAGGAAUUUCACUAUGGUUACGGCAGUGCAACAAUCAGCACAAACACACUACAGCGCUCGACAGCUUUGUAUGGGGACAUAGCCUUACCUGACGCUUUCCUGAAUGACUACUACUCACAGAAAGCGAUGUGUGCUUUGCCUGCGAAGGACUGUUCUUUGGAGUAUCAUUUUGAGGGACAGGGCUCCUCUGCUGGAUCUGUGGGCUGCUGCAGCCUCCUGGAGACUGACAACGACCUGCAAUUCCUCGAUGACCUUGGGCCAAAGUUCAAGACUCUGUCUGAUAUCUGUUCCCCUCCUAAACCAACACCCAAACCUUCCCUGACACACAAGAUAGUAGGUGCAGUCCAAACCACAGUAAAUAAGGAUGAAGCUGUUGUUAAGCCCAAAGUGGAGCGCACUGUUGAAACAGAGCAUACUGAUGUCAAGACAGUCAUGUCACCUACUAACAUCUCCAAAUCAUCUGUCAGUACUGUAAACACUGCCCAUCAAUCCAUGACAUUCUCUAACUCUAAGGUUACUAACAUCAGUCAUUCUGCCACUCUGGCCCCUCAAGCUUAUCAUUCUGCCACUCUGCCCCCUCAGGCUCAUAGGGUUUUCAUACAACCUCAGCCAGUUUAUUACACCACCAGCCCUGUACCACAGCCCAUGAACUAUGUAGUCCAACCACAGCUACAGAACAUGGUAAUGAUGGCGGAGGGGGCCCAUGGAGCCAAUUUUCCAGGCAUUUAUGUAGUGAGUGGGAACCAGAGUUCUUCUUCAGGACUCGUAGUCAGUGGACUCCAAGGCUCCCCUCCUGGGCUAGUGAUUCAGGGCAUUGAGAGCCCCAAAAGCCUUUCCAGUCCAAUUAGCCCCACCUUGAUUCUACCCGGUAGUCCAGGUGUGUCUAUGGGCUCAGGUCCUGCAAAGGGUUGGAAAAUGAUAGGGCCAAAUCCUGAUGGUAAAUAUAUGAUAGUUAAAGAUACGACAACACCAGGUGAGGCAGUUAAGAAAGACCCAGGCUCAUCUCAGGGCACUUUGCCCAAAGGUGCCAUCCUGGUAAAAGAGGCUGCUCCCCCUCAGGGGGUGUUAAACCCAGCAGCUCAAGGGAGUGUGUAUGGCAUUCUGCCACGACACACUGUUGCUAAAACUGAGGGUGCUGUUGCAGUAAAUAGCAAUUUGGGGCAAAUAUGGGUUGGGCAGCCAGGACUGAUGGGGUUGGUGCCAGUAACUGCUUUUGGAGUUGGUGUUGGGAAACCAGGAAUGGGAAUGGGACAUGUGGUGACAGUUAAACCAGAAGUCAUCCAGGAAAACGUGAAUAUGGAGGAAAUGACUGCGGAUAGUGUAAUCACAGUCAGUGAUUCACAUGAAGACGUUAAGGCUCAGGAAGAGCAACUGCUAGAUUCUGAUGUGGGACCCUGUAGUAUGGAUGACAAAUUGUCAGCAACUCUUCCAAACAUGUCUUCAAAAGUGACUUUGAAUGCAUCUGAAGACAUCCUCGAUCAAGCAUCAGUGCCAAAACCACAGUUUGGACAAAGUGAAGGGAUUCUGAUAGACAAAGGCAAUGAAAAGACAGAUAGUGAUGAGGAAGCAAUCCCAUCAUCACAAACGGUCAGCCCUGUUUUCCUUGGUGAUUUCAAUCUGACAUCAGCCUCAGAAGAAAUAACCACCCAAGUGCAAGAAGACAUGUCUAAUGAGUCAACCAGGUCACCAUUAGAGCAGCAUCUGUUUACAGCAAAAGACAAUAGUUGUGGCCACAAAGAAGAAGAAGAUAAUCCACAAAAUAUAAAAUCAUAUCUAAGAGCGGAUACAGAUCAAGUCAAUGCAGAUGCAGACAGUAUGGAGAGAAGUGAUGAAGAGAAAGAGAGUAUUAUGAAGGAAGGUGUGUCACAGCAGAAUUCAAGCAACUCUGAUGACCUGGAUGAAGACACUGAAAGACAAAAUGCUUUGGGUUCUCAAAUGGAAGAUCAUUUUAUCUCAGAUGAUGACAUUGUUGAUGAAGAGAAAAGUGAAGAUGCUGUGGAUGCAAUGGUGUCACCAGUACGGCAAAAUGUAAAAUUCUCAGAUGACCAAGCUGAAGGGAGUGCAGAAGAAAAUGUAUCAUGCAUGACUUCUCAAGCUGAUCACACCUUAAACUCAGAUGAUAACAUAAAUGCCCCAGAGGUAGAGGAUGAGAGUCUUGAAGAGGGGAUGACAUCCAUAAAGCAAAAUGUUACCAUCACGGACUACCAAGAUGAGUUUAUUGAAGGACAAGCUGUAUCAGGAAGAAGUCCUUCUUUGGAGGAUCCUUUAGUCUCAGAGACAACAAUGUUGUUGAAGAGAAAUGGGAAGUUUCCUUGGAGGCAAUGGUGUCACCGGCACAGCAAAAUGUAACAUUUUCAGAUGACCAAGCUGAAGGGAGUGCGGAAGAAAAUGCAUCAUGCAUGAAUUCUCGAGUUGAAAAGACUUCAAUCUCAGAUGAUAACAUAAAUGUUCCAGAAGAAGAGGAAGAGGAGAGUAUUGAGGAAGUGACAUUAUCCAUAGAGCAUAACAUUAGCAGCAUAGAUUACCAAGAUGAGUUUGUUGAAGGACAAGGUGUAUCAGGAAGAAGCUCAUCUUUGGUGGAUCCAUUAGCCUCUGAAGAAAGCAAUGUUGUGGAGGAAGAGGAAUCACCUUUACAUCAAAUCUCAGAUAAAGACAAUGCAUCGCACACAGUUAAUCAAAUUGAGGAUACGUCUGACUCAGGUGACAAUGUGAGUGAUGGAGAGAAAGCAGUGGAACUGGCACCAUUCUUACAACAAAACAGUAGUUUUUCUGAUGACCAAGAAGAAGAAAAUGAAAACGAAGACGCACCAGACACAAGUAUUUACAUAGAGGAGGAGAGCAGUAAUUCUGACCAGCAAUUAGAAGACGACUCUCUGUCUUUUCAAACUGAAUGCUUAUCAAAGGAUAGUUCUUAUUUAGCAAGUCAAAGUGCAGAGAUGAAUCAGCUGCCAGCAUCGUCAAAGGUCGGUGAAACUCUAGAAAUACCAUGUGAAGUUAUUACACAUCAUGUAAGGCAAGGGGUGGACUCUUCUCAGGUAGGAGACAUACCUUUGGAUAUUCCUGAAAGAGAAGAUAGUGUUGGUCAGGCGUUUGUGAGGGAUACUAAUAUGGAGAAUUUGGAUUCCGUUGUUAUAUCUUCUGAAGGAGAGAGUUAUUCCAGGGUGGCGACAGGACAGGUGUCUAUGUCAAGUGAAGAUAAAGGGGCCAAAUCUGGAGAUUUUGCUCUGGAAAAAGGAAAGGGAGAGGUCACUGUUGAUUUUGCGAUUAGAGAGGAAUUAGAUAACAGUGCAACUGGUGCAUCUGGUCAGGUAGCACCAAUAUCUUCUUCAGAAAUUAAUGUGGUAGAGGAGACCCUUUCUUCAGUGUCAGAAUCAGACCCAGACUCUGGAGCGACAGGAAAUUUAAGUUCCAUUGUAAAGAGUAAAGUAACUGAGGAGGCUGCUAACAUUGUUCUGAAUGAAACCAUGCAACUGGCUGGAGAAGCAACUGGGGAAGGCUCACAUACUGUGUUGGAUGUUGUGUCAAAAGCUUCAGAUGAUAUGCAUGAGCCUGUAGGGCAAGUGGUGGGGAAGUGAGUCCUCUACAGAUUCAGACAGUCAUGAGCCCAAUUCCUCGUAACAAAUCAAGAAAGAGCAAAGAGGGUUCUAAGAAUCCUAAAAGUCCCAAAAGCUCCUCUGGAAAAUGUAAACAACAGUGAGUGCUCUGAAUUCAAUGCUGCAUCAUUACCUAUACAGAAAUCCAUACCGUUAAAUGUGGAUGUCUGUUUAAGGUCCAAAUGGCUGAAGAAGAGGGAGAUGCAACAAGAUUUGGGAGUGUCUGUCAAAAUGACUAACAAAUUCAAGUAACGGCAAGAAACGUGAUGUUUAUUACCAAAAUGUUAACCUGUUCGUGAUUGCAAAAUAAGCUAAUUCAUCUUGUGCCUCUUCAACGCACUACCCAGGUGCCCAUCCCCCUUACCUUAUCAAAACAGAGUAUUACCAGUUUGUGAGUACAC